AUGACCGGCGAGAACGCUUCGAAUACUAAUCUGGCUGGAGGCGGUGGAGCUUCGCGGCCGCGGCUUGCUAGACCACCCGCGAGAAGUAAGCUGCGCAACAGUACUUGGAUCAUUCCCGGCACUGGCGAACGCUCCCGCCGCCAGUUUUCCCUGCGAUACCCGCGCCUCCAAAGCCCUAGUACCGAGGACGGCAGCACACACCCCUUGGCCGAGAUCAAAACGCUAAAGGAGAGAGUCCAGAAUGCCUUCCACCGUUCUCGCGCCGCCGUCGGCCGGUUGCUGGCGUGGGCGGACUCGCCCAAUGGCCGCGGCAUCAUCAAGUGCUCCAUCGCCUACUUCCUGGCUAGCAUGGGGACCUUCUGGCGCCCCGCCGCCGAAUUCCUAGGUCCCAUGGACGGGAAGCAUAUCGUGGCCACCAUAUCUGUUUACUUCCACCCGGCGAGGUCUGCGGGCUCACAGAUAGAAGCGGUUGCCAUCGCCGUCAUCGCCGUAUCCUACGCCAUGCUCGUCGGGACUCUGUCGAUGGCGAGCUCUGUGCUCUUCGGCUCGAUGUUACACAUGGUCGAGUUCUCGUACGUAUUCGUCCUCCUGGUGUUCGUCGGGGGCGGUUUAGGCUUUGUCGGAUGGGUCAAGCAGAAACUCAACAACCCUCUCGUGAGCGUCGGCGCCAGUAUCGCAUCCAUCGGUAUCAUCACCAUCAUAACCAAGGAAAACUCGGUCCAAACUGGCGUCUUCACCAACGAGAAGAUCAUCCAAUCGCUCAAAAUUCUCCUCAUGGCCACGACGACGUCAACUCUAGUCAAUCUGCUCAUCUGGCCCAUCUCUGCCAGGAGGCAGCUGCGCAGUUCCAUGCGUGAUGCUUCCAUCUCGCUCGGCGACAUGCUGUCCAUGAUCGCGGAUGGCUUUUUAGGUGGUACCGACGACGAUUUCGAGUCGGCUGCCUUUACCAAGGCCUCGGCCACGUACACUUCGACUCUGGUCCGGAUGAAUAAGAAUGCGCGGGAGGCUAAGUACGAGUACUAUUUUUUGGGCCAGGAGCAGAUAUAUAGACAUAAGCGGGCAGUGCUGAAAUCGAUGGAGAAUUUAGCCCAGUCGCUCGGUGGCCUGCGGAGUGCGGCCAACACCCAGUUCGAACUUCUCAAGGAGGUCGCCCACGCGCCCCCCUCUGCGAGUUCGGCUAUAUCUCCCACUAGCAACGUCUUCUCUGCUUCUUUUGGUCGGUCGCUAUCAGCAACGCUCAAAAGUGGGGGCAAUCGGUACAGCACUCUCGGUUCUAUCGAUGAGGCCGCCGACGAGCGAAGCGAUCGAGAAGAGGAACCGACGCCGACCCCAGGACCGCACCCUCCUUUGCUGAGCCAAUCCGUCUCGUCGCUGAGGACGCCACCUGACAUAUUCGAAUUGUUUAUUGCUCGCCUUGGGCCCUCGAUGAAGUCCCUCGUCCACACGAUGGCCGUAAUGCUUCAGGAGCCGCCAUACGGAGGUCCGGGCACUCCGAUCCGGGUUAACGAGCGGUUCAAGCAGAGCCUGAAUGACGCGAUUAGUCUGUACAAUCAAGCAAGGGGGGCUGCCCUCGAAGAGUUAUACGAAACCAUCGAGUUAGGGAGGACCAGAUCCGAGACGGUGCAGGCGGACUUUGAGGAGGUUGCUGCUGCGUGCGGGCACUUCUCGUUCAGUCUCCUCAGUUUUGCGGACGAGAUGCAGAUGUACCUGGAUGCCCUGGAAGACUUGAGAGAUGUCACGGACCGAAACAGGAGGACCUGGAGGUGGAUGAUGGUAUGGAAGCAUGUUAAGCUGCGCUCAAAACCGAAGGACGACGAUCCGGAGCAAGUCUCCCUGCUCCAACCGGUCAAGCGAUUGAGGCAGUCGAAGCUGCCCCAGGGCAUCCCGGAUUCGAUGAAGACCCGCCGUGGUACCGUCGGCUGGGACACGGCACCGCAGGGCGAAAGCCUGUGGGACCAUAUUGUCCGAGCUAACUCUCGCAGCCUCCUGAAGAUUUUCCGAUUCUUUUCGAGAAACGACAUUCGUUUCGGCCUCAAGGUCGGCAUCGGCGCUACUCUGUACGCCAUGUUCGCCUUCAUCCCUCAAACCCGCCCCACGUACUCGCAUUGGCGAGGCGAAUGGGGGCUCUUGUCUUUCAUGAUCGUGUGCUCGAUGACCGUGGGUGCUGCUAACGCAACUGGCAUGGCCCGCUUCACCGGGACCAUCCUGGGCGCCGCUUUCGUACUGAUCAACUGGUGGAUAUCCGACGGCAACCCCGUUGCCCUCUCCAUUCUCGGCUGGGCCGUCUCCUUCGGCGCGUUCUUUAUAAUGAUCGAGCGCGGGAAUGCACCGUUUGGCCGCUUCGUUCUGCUUAGCUAUAACGUGUCUUCGCUGUAUGCAUACACGCUCACCCAGCGUGUCGAUGACGACGACGAUGACGAGGGUGGCACUCAUCCCAUGAUCGAGACCAUCGCCCUGCACAGAGUUGUCGCCGUGUCCGUAGGCAUCGUGUGGGGCCUCAUAAUAUGCCGUCUCAUCUGGCCCAUGCCGGCCCGUAAGAAGUUUAAGGAAGGUCUGGCCGUCUUGUACCUACAGAUGGGCCUCAUCUGGAAGCGAGGCCCGCUAGCCGUCCUCCUCCGUAAUGACGGCGCAUCCGCUAGCUAUAUGAAGAUGGGCGAGCAAGCCGCCAUGCAACGUUACGCAACCCAGCUACAGACCCUUCGUGUUGCCGCCAAUAACGAGUACGAGCUUCGCGGCCCCUUUCCGUUUGUGGCGUACGGUCGGAUCAUGGCGUCAACGCAGCGCGUGCUCGACGCCUUCCACGCCAUGUGUCUGGUUACGCAGAAGCACGGCCAGCUCAGCGAAGGCGAGAAGGCGAUGCUGUACUUCACGGCGGACGAGCGGGCGCAGCUUUGCGCUCGCAUCUGCCACGUCUUCCAGGUUCUCGCGUCCAGCAUCAUGCUCGAGUACCCGCUGACGGACGCCAUCCCCAGCGUAGAUAUUUUGCGGGACAGACUUCUCGGCAAGAUAUUCCGCUUCAGAAAGGAGCACAACGACGACCUGGACGAGGCGGAGGAACGUAGCAGAUCUUCCGCCGCGGACGGGGAUACGAGCGACUUUGCGGAUUUUGCGGGGGGCAACGGCAAGUCGACAUAUUUCGGCCAGGGUCCGAGGAUUGGCGACACCGUGGUCAAGGAAGCAGACUACACGCUGCUCUACGCGUACGCCCUGGUCUCCGCCCAGCUGGCCAAGGAGCUCAAGGUGGUGGAGAAGGAGGUCGAGGCCUUAUUUGGCAGGCUCGACGAAGACGCACUACUCUUGCAGUGAACAGGGGGAUGCUGAGAGGGGGGGGAUCGACAAUGUUCGAAAUCGGGAGGGGUUCGCAUAUCUUAUCGUCACGACGCCGUAUUUACACGUAUUGUUAUCAGAGUAAGCACAUAUAUAGCCGCAGUUCUAUACCCAUGCAUGUAGCGCGUAGACGACAGGGUGUCGAUAGGAAGAGGUCCCAGCGGGGGGAGGGAGGGCAGGCUGGUCGAAGAACCAGCCGCUCCGUUUUCCUCUUUUGGACACAACAAAUACAGCAGAUUCCAUCGUAGCCUGCAUGACCGACUUGCCUUCGUUCGGGGGAGCACCUAUGGCGAUGUGACAGUGAGAGACGGGCGGCCGCAUCGCACAGGGGAGGAGGUAGGGGAGCAAGCAUGGCGCGCCUCGCGUCCCGGGGAACCAACUUGCGAAUCGGCGCUGGACCGAGAUCUUCGUUCCCCCGCCGAUCUCGACCUCUUCCAGGCCGUCUGCGGUGCGGCUAGGCUCGGACCGCACGCACGCACGCACGCACAUUGCCCAACUUUCCUGCCGGCCUCCUACGUGCCUAAUGUGAGGGAGUAGGGGGAGAAGGUGUAGUCCAGAAACGCCUGCCUUGGGGUAGGGUAGAUACGGUAUAUAUAGUACAGGACAUGUACAUCGUCAUCGUCAUCCAUCGUUGCCG